AAAACAGUGGUUAGAGAUCAGUUAAUUAAGGUGGAAACAGCAGUAUAUGCCAUAAAUAGACUAAAAUUAAGAUCUUUAUUUAACUGGGAUGACGGAACUGUAGAGAUCAGGUCGGGUUGGACUAUAUAUAAAUAAAAUAUAAAGAUCAACGGGGAAUCCUGCAUAACUCCCUUUAUCAGGCUUCAGCAUUGCCCCUGGCUAAACUCUGACAUAAAUUUUGAGGCAGAAUGGCUAUGGGUGAGACCGGGAGUCUUUCAAUGACUAUUGCAACACUCAGUAUUUUAGCUUUUUGCUUUGGAAUUGUGGCCGAGAACAAGAAGCCUGCUUCUGGAACCCCUAUCCCAGGAAAGGGGAUUGUCAUUUGCAAAUACCCUUCUGAUCCAACCAUUCUAUUGGGCAGCUUGUCAAUCAUAUUAUCGUUCUUAACAUCUGUGUCUGGGGUUGUAGCUAUAAUUUAUCCUUACAAAGGGAAAUCAGUUCCUGCACAUGCUUUGAAGACCACCAAUUUGAUGGUAUUUUUCGUUAUCGCCACGGUUGUCUCCUUUGUUUCGCAAGCCCUUAUGACGUGGACUAUAAUUACAGAGAGUCUACAUCGAUCACAAAAUGUACACCAUGAUCUAACAACACUGUGCCCAACUGCAAAGACUGGCUUAUACGGUGGAGCUGCCUUCCUGGCUUUAGAUGCAGGUUUGUUUUGGCUAAUAUGCCAAAUGCUUGCACUUAAUGCAAGGUCAGACUAUGAAUAUGAUGAUGAAGAAGAUAUAAAAGGUCAGUAUGGGCAGGUAACGGCAACAGAUUAUAAUCCAAUCCAACCUGGGGUUUGAAAGCUAUCUGCAUAUUUUGUUCAGACCAUUGCAGAUCUAUCACGUUGUGUAUAAAGCAGUCAUGCAUAUAAGCUCUCAAGAAAGUUCAAAUUAUGAUAUUACAGUAUUUUUUAAUAGGGUUUGGUAUAUAUGAACAAUGCACCUUAUUUUUAAA